CCAGCAAACACAAACACAAAAUAAACGAUUUGUACCCGAGUGGUACACAAGACAACAACACCCACACAACACUUCUAGUGACAAUCUUAGGGACUUUGACUUGUUGUGGCGAACCUAUAUACAGCACUGCCAAUAUGAAAAGGAAUUUAAAAAUAAAUAAUUGUGGCCAAUAACAUUGAAAACUGAUGAAAAUUUAACUAAACUAUGUUGCAAAAUAUUAAAAUACUUUUAAAAAAGACAUUUCCAGGCAGUAUUAAAUCCUAGUUACGUCACAUUAUUACAUAACCAAACUUGUCAAUGUUUACAUCACACAUGAUGGCCCUUUACGAUAACAAAUACUGGUUGUUAUCACACAUACGCAACUCUUUUAUUUCUACAGAUGACACAGGUAUGUGUGAGUUAAUUAUGACAGGGGAGGAAGGUGUUAGGAAGCACCUGAAACAAAGCCUAGAUUCAUACCCUGAUGAUGAAGACAGUGAAGAUGAAGACGAUUUGUCUCAUGAGUCUUACGACCUGCAACUUGAUACUGAUUUUCCGUUAAGAUACAGGUCGAACACUGCUGUCAGAUUAGAAAAGUUGGAACAGGUUAAAAAGCGAACAGGUAGAAUCAAACACAUUAAAUGGGAAACGAAUAAAAACGAAUUGAGUCAAGACCAAAUCGAUCAGUUGUUUGUAAAGAAAGAACCUAAAAUAUCCAAGGAGAAACAAUCUCUGUUUUCCAAGACUUUCAAACAGUACAAGAUGAUGCCCAUUAACCCCUACAUGGAUUAUGCAAAGUUUGAUGGAAGUGGACAAGUGAAUCUUCAAGUGAAAAAGUAUAGGAUUUUCUUGACGAUGCUACCAGAGCAUCAGAGGAAUUACCCUUUGACUGUUUGUUGCAUUUCUUCUGCUAAAAUUCAAGAGUUGAUUGGACUUAUUUUACUCAAAUGCAGUACAAUGUAUGAAGACUAUUCGUGGAAACCUGUCAACAAUUACGGUUUGUACAUAACUGAGGAAGACGGAGAGGUUGAUAGAGAUUUUCCUAAUUUGGACCCAAGAGAAAAUAUCGCCAAGUUUGGAUUUGCGUGUUUGGGUCUAGUGGAACACUCAGACCCUUCAAAGUGUGUCAGUUUUGGAAAUUCCGAAACUGUUACCAUAAGAAACUUUGAUUACAAUGACAAGAAAGGAAAAGAUUCGUCUAAACAAGACCAAGAAAAACAAAUCUCGACCGAUUUACACUUAAUGGCCGUUCAUAAAAGAGCCAUGGAAGCCCCACUAUACAAAUCGUACAAAGUUUACAUGAUUAACAAAAUGCGGACUAAAGUGGAGAUACAUUUAGGGAUAAGUGGCGAAAAAAUCGAAAUUGAUCCAGUCCAGAAAAACUCAAAAUUUCUUCUAGUUAAACAAAAACCCAUAAACCACGACAUGGACAUGAUUGCGUGGUGUGAGGCCAUUGACACCUCCAAGAGCAACAAAACGACUUUCAAAAUAAUUUACAGCCAUUCGUUUACAAAUUCUGAUAAUGUUUCAAGCCCCACUUUACAAUCGUCUGCUAGCUUCAAAAGCUACGAAUUUGAAGCAGACCAAUCAAUCGCCGAGGAAAUCGUGAAUAAAAUAAACCUGAUUUUGGACUUAAGGUCUAGUGAUACACGGAAGGAGUAUUUAGCAGCACAAGAACGAAAAUAUUACAAGAAGAAAGCUUUUAUUUAAUUUCUUGUAUAAAAAAAUAAAUUUUUUGUCCCGA